AUGCCCAAGGUGCUUGCGGAUCUGUGGGUGCAGUGGUUGUCUGCAAGGAUGAAAGGCCGGGCACAGUUGACGGAGGCGGCGGACGCCCCGGUCACGAUUCUCGAGGAGGGCACCUAUUUUGGGGAGAAUGCCCUCCUAGGCUCACACGAAGGGCGCGGCGAGCGAGCCCUGGGCUCUGUCGUGGCACUGACGGAUCUCACUUUGCAGGUCCUAAGCCCGACAGCGCUCCGCGACCUGGGCUUGAAGAGCAGCAUCCGCAAGCGCCGGGCCGUACAGUCCAUGAUGGAUUCGGAGCCCACCGAGAUGAACGAGAAGUUGCGGCAAAAGAGCCCCGAGGAGUCCGAACUCAUCAAGUCUGCGCUGAGGCAGAAUGAGAAGCUGGGGCCUUUGGUCACGCUCAUGUCGGUGGCCGAUCUGGACGUCGUGGCCGCUGCUGCUGUCCGCGUUGACGUCGAGCCUGCCUUCGAGGUCAUCCAGCAAGGCUCCGUCAAAGCUGACAACUUUUAUGUUGUGUCUGCCGGCGAGCUGGUCGUCGAGAAAGACGGGGAGAAGGUCCAGCAUCUCGAGCACGGAGGCUCCUUUGGCGAACUGGCUCUGCUGUAUCGGGCCCCACGAGCCGCCACGGUGCGCUCGCUGACCGCAGCCACGCUGUUCGCAAUUCCACGACAGGAGCUGCGGGUGGUGAUGCAGGCCCCGCUGAAGAAGAAGAUAGAAGGCUUUGCGACACUGCUCGGGCGUGUCGACAUCCUGAAACAUUUGGGGAAUGACGAGAAGGCCAUGCUUGCAGACGCCCUGAUUGAGAUGACGUUCUACAAAGGUGAGACCAUCAUCCAGCAGGGCGAGGAAGGCGACACUUUCUACAUCCUCUACGACGGGCAGGUUUCUGUCCUUGUGGACAACCAGGAGGUCGCCAAGCUUCAGGGAACCGCCAACUCCAACGCCAACUUCUUUGGCGAGCGGGCGCUCUUGAAUGAUGAGCCCCGCGCAGCGACGAUUGUCGCGAACAGUGACAAGGUGAUGGUGCUCGCGUUAGACCGCGAGCACUUCCUGAUGGUCGUGAACCCCGACCAGAUGGUGCACGGACUGAGCCCGAAGCAAGCGGUGAGCUACGAACUGAAAGCCCUGCAGUACAAGGGUCUGCUGGGCUGUGGUGGUUUCGGAACCGUCACGCUUCGCAAGUGCAUGCUCACUGGCAACCUCUUUGCCUUGAAGACCCUGUCCAAAGGCUACAUCGUUCAGCAGCGGCAAGAGCUGGCCGUGAUGAACGAGAAGCAGAUCCUCCGCAUGACCAACAGCCCCUUCAUCGUCCAUUUAGCGGCAACCUUCAAUGAAGCGCAGUAUCUGCACUUCCUGCUGGAGCCGGCCAUGGGAGGGGACCUGUUCACUGUUUACACCAAGAAGCCCUUUCACGGGUCGGCGCCACAUGCCAAGUUCUACUCCGCUUGCGUCGUCCGGGCUUUCCAGCACCUACACCAGCGCCACAUCAUCUACCGCGACAUGAAGCCGGAGAACCUGCUACUGGACUCCCAGGGCUACUGCAAGGUGACCGACUUCGGGCUGGCCAAGUUCGUUAUCGGCCACACCUACACAACCUGUGGUACUCCGGAGUACUUUGCGCCUGAGAUGGUGUCGCACGUGGGUCACAACGCAGCGGUGGACUGGUGGGCGCUGGGUGUGCUCAUCUUCGAGUUCAUGACCGGCGAGACGCCUUUCACGGCCUCUGAGCCCAUCCAGAUAUUCCGACUAAUUCAGGCUGGAAUUCAGGCCGUUUACUUUCCGAGGGGUUCGGGGCCAUGGGCGAACUUGGUCAAGCAACUUUGCCACGAGGCGCCAUCGGAGCGCUUGCCCAUGCGAAAGGGUGGAGUGGCCAACGUGGAGGUGCACAAGUGGUACGCCGACUUCAGCUGGUCUCAGCUCAACGCGCUUACGCUGGAAGCCCCGUACAUCCCCCCCUCAGGGGCAGAGAGCCUUGCCAACUUCGACGUGGAGCAGGUCUCGCGACCGCCCUGCGUGGCCUACAGAGACCCAGGCACUGGCUGGGACAGGACCUUUGAGGAUGUGAGAGGCCCCCGAAGCUUCAACCGCGAGUCGAGUUGCUGA